UGGACCACCAGAGUCCGCCAGGAGCCUGCGUGGCUGUAGUCUGAUUCCAUGAGAGUAAGAGCAGCUGGUUUCACUGGGAGACUCAGGCUCUUCAUACUUUAACCAGAAAAUCAGACCCAAAGAAAAACUGAGUCUGAGCUGAAUGUGGUUUAAAUGUGGAGUGAUAUUUGACAGUGACGUUAAUGGAUCAUGAGAAAUGGGCCCCGUCCUUCCAGCGCAGGGGCCUCAGGUCGAAGGACAAAAUGCAGCUGCGACGUUUGUCCAUGUUUUCUGUCUCUUUGUUGUCGUUUGUGUCUUUUAACUGAUUUUUUUCCAACAGGAAAUAGUGACAGUUCCUUCGUACAGGCAUACAGACCGCCAGCCUGCCCUGCUGCUCAGGAGAAAAGGAAUUAUAAUAUUACCUGUUCACCCACUGAUGUUUGUUAUCAAACACCGAUCAGCUGAUUCAUGGUUCAUGGUGUUUGUGGUGUUCUCUGAUGGGUUUAUUUUAUUGUCCAGGAUGUCCACCACGUCUCAGAAGCACCGGGACUUUGUCGGAGAGCCGAUGGGAGACAAGUCGGUGACGGCUCUGUCGGGUAUCGGGGAGAGUCUGGGGAAGAAGCUGGAGGAGCAGGGCUUCGAUAAGGCCUACGUGGUCCUGGGUCAGUUCCUGUUGUUGAGGAAAGACACUGAGAUGUUCACCGAGUGGCUCAAAGACGCCAGCGGAGCAAACUCCCGCCAGGCCGGAUCCUGCGCUCAGUGUCUGAGGGAGUGGUGCGACGCCUUCCUCUGAGAGCCCGCCCCCUCACCGGUGACCCCGCCCCUCCUCACCUGUCUCGCCCCUUCCUGUGUUUCCUCACUUCCUGAAGCUAAUAUCAGAGCUGACAGCUGCUUGGAUUAGAGCUUCUCUGCUGCUAAAACGUUUUUCAGGUGAAUCUUCGUCUUCCUGCAGUUUCACCUGGACGGAAGUGAUGUCACAUCCAUCGGACUGGUGUUUGUUUACCUGUUUAAUAAGCUGGUUUCACUGGGGAAAGUUUACAUAAAUAAAAGCUUUGUGUCUCAACAGUUUGUCUGAAGCCUGAAAGAUAAAACGAGUGUGUGUGUGUUUGUUUGUUUGUGUGAACCCAGUUAAAAGUCCAAAAACAACAACAAACUUUCACAGGUAAAAGAAUGUUUUAAGAUGUUUGUGUAAUUUAAAGAUCAGAUGUUUUAGCUGCAGCAUCUCAGAUCAACCUUCAGUCAUAUUUCUAUGUUCAUGGUUCUGUUUAGAGGGAAGGACAACAAACAAACAAACAAACUUCUGCUUUUAUUCCUUUUUCCUCUGAAAUCUCAGAAUGUCUAAAGACUGAUUAGAUAUUUAAAGAUUUCCAAUUUUUCAGACCAUAAAUUAUUUUUGUUUAUUUACCAGACAGUGUCUGGUAAAUAAACAAACAUGUUCUGUCCACG